GGCAGGUGCUGGAUGGCUUUCUUCUUCCCCGGCUGCAGAAAGCAUGGCGAGCAGCUGAGCCGCGAAGGCGGUAGCGGGAUCGUCGGUGGUGGCGGAGCCCCGUUUCAGACAGACUUGGAAAAUAUUUAAUUCUCAACAAAUGAAUUCCACACUUGAACUCUGCCUCAUUCCUGUGCCACCUCCUCCUUUAGAAAACUGAUCUCAAAGCAGAGAGAGAAGAUUAGAAGGUAAAGGAAGAUGCUGGGCUCAGAACGUGGUGUUGUAGAAGAAUGGUUAUCAGAAUUCAAGGCAUUACCUGACACUCAGAUUACCAAUUAUGCAGCAACUUUACACCGGAAAAAAACGCUUGUGCCAGCCCUCUAUAAAGUUAUUCAAGAUUCAGACAAUGAGCUCCUGGAACCUGUUUGCCAUCAGCUGUUUGAGCUCUACCGUAGCUCUGAAGUUCGACUUAAGAGGUUCACACUACAGUUUUUACCAGAAUUGAUGUGGGUUUAUUUACGGCUUACAGUUAGCCGAGACAGACAGAGUAAUGGCUGCAUUGAAGCACUUCUGCUAGGAAUUUAUAAUUUGGAAAUUGCUGAUAAAGAUGGAAACAAUAAAGUGCUGUCUUUCACUAUCCCCUCCUUAUCCAAGCCUUCAAUAUACCAUGAACCCUCAACAAUUGGAUCCAUGGCUUUGACAGAAGGGGCAUUGUGUCAGCAUGAUCUCAUCAGAGUUGUAUAUAGUGAUCUUCAUCCUCAGAGGGAAACAUUCACUGCACAAAACCGGUUUGAAGUCUUGAGUUUUCUCCUGCUAUGCUAUAAUUCUGCUAUUGUAUAUAUGCCUGCCUCAUCUUACCAGUCUCUUUGUCGGAUGGGCUCCAGGGUUUGUGUGAGUGGGUUUCCACGGCAACAUGAAAAACAAUGGAAGGAACUCUGUGGUCGAAUAGUAUUGGAUCCUGAAUUCAUGGUGCAACUUCUCACAGGAGUUUAUUAUGCCAUGUAUAAUGGUCAGUGGGACCUUGGCCAGGAAGUACUUGAUGACAUCAUUUAUAGAGCUCAACUAGAACUCUUCUCUCAACCACUGUUGGUAGCUAAUGCCAUGAAAAACUCAUUACCAUUUGAUGCUCCUGAUUCUUCACAAGAAGGCCAGAAAGUACUUAAGGUUGAAGUCACUCCUACAGUACCAAGGGUUUCCCGGACGGCAAUUACAACUGCUUCGAUCCGCCGUCACAGAUGGAGGAGAGAAGAUGGCUUUGACUUCUCAAACGAGGCUGACUCGAGUAUUCCUGGCUCCCCGAUCCAACACGGCUCCACUGACCUAGGGAUCAAACGUGUGCAAGAGGGGGAGGUGCUGGUGCGCAGGACCCCUGAGCACGGCUCGCCGGAGCCCAACUCAGCAGCAGCCACAACAGAGGGUGCAGAAGGUCUAAAUGGAGGAGAGGAGUCUGUAAACCUGAAUGAUGCAGAUGAAGGAUUUUCAUCUGGGGCUUCCCUCAGCAGCCAGCCAAUCGGGACCAAACCAUCCUCUUCUCAGAGGGGAAGCCUACGGAAGGUAGCAACUGGGCGUUCAGCCAAAGACAAAGAAACAGCAUCUGCCAUCAAAUCCAGUGAUAGCCCUCGAGAUUCAGGAGUUCGCAAGCAGUUUGUACAGCAACCAGCUGAUCUUAGUGUAGAUUCAAUUGAGCUGACACCAAUGAAGAAACACCUGAGCCUGCCUGCUGGCCAGGUGGUGCCAAAAACCAGUAGUUUAAGUCUAAUCCGGACAGCCAGUGCUUCCUCAAGUAAAUCAUUUGACUAUGUAAAUGGCAGUCAAGCAAGUACCAGCAUUGGGGUUGGCACUGAGGGAGCUACUAAUCUAGCAGCUAACAAUACUAAUCGAUACUCAACUAUCAGUCUACAGGAAGACCGGCUAGGUCAAACUGGAGAAGGUAAAGAGCUCCUCAGCCCAGGAGCCCCCUUAACCAAGCAGUCUCGAUCCCCAAGUUUCAAUAUGCAGCUCAUAUCCCAGGUGUAGUUCUGACAUCCUCUCCUUUCUGCUUAACUGUCUAGACUGAACAUUUCAUUGUGCAAGACACUUCAUCCCACAUUGUGAAAAUAUUGUUGGAUUGUAAUCAGAUUUGAGUUAGUUUAGGUAUCUUCAUACUGUAUUUUGUAUGGAAACAGCAAUAAGGUUUUCUUUUCCUUCCUUCCUAUAUCCUUUCUUUACCUAUUCCUUGUAAAUGUGUUUGUGAAGCAGUAUAAAAUGUUUGCCUUUUCCAUGCCUUCCUUUCUCCUUGGGUGAUGUGCAAUCCAUCGUAGGCUGAUCAGUCCCAUUUCAACACUGUGAGACUGAGAUAUGUUCGAGGAAAUGGUGUAUAUGAUCCCUAUGAAAUGAUUCUUUGGCUUUUGUUUAAAAACAAAACGGGUUUAUUCACAUAAUCUAUGGAACUAUGAAGAUAACUGGAUCAUAUUUUUUUCUCUGUUAACCAGGAGUGCCUCAGAGAUUCUGCUAUGACUUUGGACUUCUCUGAGUCUGUGCAAUUGUAUAUUAUUGAGAAGCAUGGGGAAAGGUGGUAGACUGCUGCACUUUUCAUUAAAAUGAGGGUAGCUCUUUUUUCCCCAACUUUUCCCUUAAUCCCUAGGACAUACAUGUUUAAUUAUGGAGGCAUUUGAAUCAAUUUGUGACCACCUUUAUUGGAGGGUGGGGCUCUAAGUUGGUUGUGUAAUUGAUAAUGCACUUUCUCAAUGGCUCUCUAGUCAUUAGCAACAUGUCUUCCCUCUUCCCACAAGGAUUUAAGGGCAUUUUUGUCCUUGAAGUUUGAACUAACAAAUCAGAGAAUCCAAGGGCCAUGUUCUAUUUCCAGGAAUGAUAGACACUUUGGUGCUGGGGUUUCGUGGGGGGAGGGGUGCUUUUUGUUUAGCUUGUGUGGGAUUGUAUGUGAGGGGAAGUUUUUUUGUUUUUUGUUUUUUCCCCCUUUGUGAGCUGAUGAUGACUGAAGUAGAAUUGUACGUCUUCAGGUAAAGAGAGGGAUUUCUCAGUCCACUUUGUGUGAUGUCAGACUAUUGGAGAAACCCUUUCAGCUGCUUUCUAGAUGUACCUAAAUUCAGUCAGAUACUGGAUUAAGAAACCUAAAGUUCUGAUAGAUCAUAUACUCCAAGGAAAUACAUCAGGGAUAGAUAAUUGGCUGAAAACACUGAUGCUUCAAUGUGACACAUUUUUAUAGAAUAUUUCUACCAGGGGGUACUGACUUAAUUUCUCCUACAAGGACCACACUGCCUUUGUGUUCAAUGCAAUUUGUGUAUCUUCUAAUCAUAUCUACAAAGUCUGUCAUUUUUAUAAAACUUUGAAAUCAUGCCAGUAAGCUGGAUGUUGAAUGUAUGUAAGUAGCAUUUAGUAACUGCUAAAUGGGAACAAAAGUACUUUAUUGGUUUAAAUUUCUUUGUUCUGAUUUGAUUGGAUAAGACUUUACUAUAACCCCUUCUGGGUCUCAGGCUCUAAUGUUUGAAAAGAAAGGAAUAUGUUGGGUUUUUGAAAAUCAGUAUUGUGACUUGAACUGCUGCAAAUUAUUCAUCCAACAAAUAUAUCGGUUAAACAUAUCUGUGUACAUUUAGACAUGUUUGUUAUUGUGGAAGAAAAAUAUACUGAGUUUAUAGAAAGCAA